AUGGCGGCGACAACGCCUCCUCCUACCGCGAAAGUCGAAGCGUUGCCAUUGAGUGUUGACAGCCAGUGGAUCUGGACAUACAAUGGCCAAGACUGGCCUGUGGUGCUCUGCGGCGAUGAGCUUGCACCAUCUCAAUUCGUAGCGGGCCCUAAAUCCAAGUACGAGCGCAUCGAUGACAGUGAUGUUGCCAAGCUGAGUAAGCAACGAGGCCUCGCCUUCGCACAAGAUGUGAAGGAGUUCCAGACUGCAGCGUACUAG